AAAUGGCUGGAAAGAACUCCUGGUUUGGCUGUAAAAUCUUUUCACUUUUGGGACCUUUACAAAAGAUCUGUUCAAAGAUGGCUUCAGGAUAUGCUUUUGAUUCCAGCUCAGAAAGAAACAGAUGAAAAAGUCAAGGAAACUCUACUUGCAGAAUAUAAAAAACAGCAGGAGAGUUUUGAAAGCAUCUUGGAUGAGGAGCAAUAUAACUCUUCUGUGGCAAGAGACAACCAUGUUAUGAUGGUCCAGCGAAUGAUCGGUAGCAAAGUUGGCACUGGCGGAUCUUCAGGCUACCAGUAUCUGCGCUCAACUGUCAGCGACCGCUACAAGGUGUUCCUGGACCUGUUCAACAUGUCCACCUACCUAAUACCUCGCCAUUACAUCCCUCCAUUGUCCAGAUCUCUGAAGAGGCAGCUGAGUAUUCUUAUCCAUGAAACUAUGCCCCGGGACUCGGAUGAGAAUGAUGAUGAUGAUGAUGACGAUGAUAAUGAUACUGAUGAGGAAGAGAUUACCACUGUUGUAGAAGACAGACUGAAAGAUGUGAAUCUCAAUGGUGAUGUUGACAAAAAAACAGCCAUAUUUGAGUUCUAA